AUUAAUUCACGUGUCUAUGGAGGCAGUGGCUUGUCACUCAUUCUUUGAACAGUGUGCUGGCGCUGAUCUUCUGCUGCUGCUACAUCGAUAAUCAACCAAUUUGCCAUACGAAAAAUAAAUAUCUAGCAAUAUGGGAAUGUAAUAUUUUUGAAAAUAUCAAGAACAAUAUCAAAAUAUCAAGAACAACCACAACAUUCUUCAUUAAGACAUUUGCGUGGUCUAAUCAAGGAGUUGCGAUGCUCCACGCAAAGGAUAUCAUCCUAGCCUUGCUUCUCGUGGGCUCUACAGUUUGUCUGGAAGUGGAGAUCACCCCCACCCAGGGAGAGAUCAGUGUCGGAGAGUCCAAGUUCUUUCUGUGUGAAAUUGUUGGGGUAGCAAAGGAAAUUGACUGGUAUUCUCCGAGCGGGGAGAAGAUAGAGCCCAACAAACCAGAGAUCACCGUAACCCGAAACGACGAGUCCUCGUCCACGCUCACGCUCUACAAGGCCGGGGUGGACAGCGCUGGGACCUACAAGUGUCUGGCCACCAACGGAGACCAGUCAGCAGAAGCCACCGUCAACGUCAAGUUCUACCAAAGGAUCACCUUCAAGAACGCCCCCUCCCCCCAAGAGUUCAAUGAAGGGGACAAUGCCAACAUUGUCUGUGAUGUCAUCAGCUCCCCUCCCCCCACCAUCAUCUGGAAACACAAAGGAGCAAAGAUUCAGAUGGAGAAGGAUGUCCGCUUUAAGAUCCUGCCCAACAACCACCUGCAGAUCCGAGGCAUCAAGAAGACAGACGAGGGGUCGUACACCUGUGAGGGCCGCCUCAUGGCCCGGGGAGAGAUUGACCUCAAGAUCAUUAGGGUCAUCGUCAACGUGCUCCCUACCAUCCGGGUGUGGCAGUCUGAGGUGAAUGCCACAGCAGGCGUGGGCCAGUCUGCCAUGUUGACCUGUGCUGCUGAUGGAUACCCAGAGCCCAUGGUGACCUGGGCACGAGCCGGUGUUCUUCUGGAGUCAGGAGACAAGUACAGCUUUAAUAAGGACGGUUCAGAGAUGACCAUCAUGGAGGUAGCCAAGCUGGAUGAGGGAGAGUACACCUGCAUCGCUAAGAACAAGGCUGGGGAGAGCGAACAGGAAGUCAGCCUUAGAGUGUUUGUGAAACCUAAGAUCACCUUCCUGCUGAACCAGAGCACGUCUGAGAUGGCUGAGCAGGUGACUCUGACCUGUGAGGCGUCAGGGGACCCCACCCCCACCAUCAACUGGAGCUUUGGCCUGCGCCCCUUCACUGAGGGAGAGCAGGCACAUCUAAACAGGAUCUAUCAGGCCUCUUGGACUCGGCCCGAACAACACAAGAGUCUGGAUGGGAACGUCAUAGUGAGGAGUGAUGCUCGUGUGUCCUCCCUCACGCUGAAGUACGCCAAGUUCACCGACGCUGGCCAGUACCUCUGCUCUGCACGCAACGCCAUCGGAGUGGAUUCACAACCCGCCUACCUGGAAGUCCGCUAUGCUCCUAAGAUCCAGGGCUCAGUGACAGUGUAUACCUGGGAGGGGAAUGCAGCUAACAUCAGCUGUGAGGUCCUGGCCCACCCCAGUGACGUGUCCAUGCUCUGGCUGAGGGACGGGUUUCAGCUUCCCAACGCUAACAUCACCAAAGCCAAGGUUUUCCAGAGCCCCACAGCCAGCUACCUGGAGGUCACUCCAGAGUCUGAGAAUGACUUUGGGAGCUACAACUGUACUGCUGCCAAUGAGAUGGGCACAGAAUCCAAGGAGUUUCUCCUCAUUCAGGCUGAUGUCCCGUCAGCCCCGUCCCUCGGGGGGGUGGAGCCGUUCUCCAGCUCAGCCAGGGUGGUGUUCCAGGAGCCUGACGCCACCGGGGGUGUACCCGUCCUCCGGUACCGGGCUGAAUGGAAGACUGUGGGCAGGGGCAGCUGGGUGCAGAUGGUCUAUGACGUCCAAGGAGGAGCUCUGAGUGAAGUAACCAUCACAGGCCUGAAGCCUGAGACCAACUAUGAGGUGAAGAUGUCAGCCAUCAAUGGCAAGGGAGAGGGUGAAACUAGCGCCGUUGUGGUCUUCAAGACAGAGCCUGUCCGUGAACCUGAACCGCCUAAGCUGGAGGGAACACUCCAAACAAAAGGCAACUCCCUCAAAGUCAACUGGCUCAAGCAGGACGAUGGAGGCUCACCCAUCACACACUACCUAGUCCGCUAUAAACCAAAGCAUCAGGCCGACUGGAAGCCAGAGAUCCGGCUGCCCGGUGGCAGUGAGUAUGUGGUUCUGAGCGGACUGGAGUGGAACACGGAGUACGAUGUGUUUGUGGUGGCAGAGAACCAGCAGGGGAAGUCCCAACCUGGAACCCUGACCAUCAGAACCUCUCCAGAACCCGCUGCCAUCCCAGAUAUAGACGGGGAGUCUGCCCUCUCCACGGGCAUCAUGGCAGGGAUCCUCAUCUUGGCCUUCGUCCUGCUGCUCCUGGCUGUGGACGUCACCUGCUACUUCACCAACAAGUGUGGCCUCAUCAUGUGUCUGUGUGGCAAGCCAGGCAGCGGGGCCAAGGGACACAACCUAGAACAGGGCAAGGCUGCAUUCAUAAAGGAUGAGUCCAAAGAACCGAUAGUGGAGGUGAGGACAGAGGAUGAGUGCACAGCCAAUCACAACGCAGGAGGACCCACGGAACCCAGUGAGACCACACCCCUUACAGAGCCAGAGCUGGCCGCUCACACUGCUGCCCUGGCUCUGGAUACCCUCUCGUCUGUAGCCACCAUCUCUGACACAGCCAACACAACCUAUGACCCCGCCCAGGACAGCCCCUCUAGUGAGAGCACCGCUCUCACCUGUAGCCUGUCUGCCCUCGCUACUGACCCCCUGCCUGCCCCCGCCCCGGCACCCACCCCAGAGUCCAACACAUCCCCCCCAACCCCCUUCAUCUCUACCUCUGACAUCACAGCUAGAGUAGCCCCCCUGUUAGACCUUCUAGGAGACAGCUCUCCUAGAGCAGAGGACAAAAUGUAUGCCACUGCUGUUAGUGCCACAGAUUGCCCUAAAUCUCCUAAAAAUUCCCCUAUUCCAAUACCACCUAGGCGUCGAAACUCUAACAGACCUGCUCAUUCUCCUCCCACUCCCAAGAGCUCCACACCUACCCACUCCACCACCGUGGCCCCCAGGAAAUCUGCCCCUGAAAGUCCCUCUCUUGCCCCCUCCACUGCCUCUCCUAGUCCAAACACCAGGAAAGCUGCUCCUAUUGCCCCAGACAGCCCCUCUCCUGCUCCUAUGGCAUUCACUUUCCCAGCCUCUGACACCACAUCUAAAUUUGCACCUACUGCCACCAGCACUGCUAAACCUGUCCCUGUUACCCCUGUCCCUGUUACCCCUACUGUCCUGGGCUCUAGUACACCAGUCCCUGACCCUGACAAAUCUGACUCUACUACCAAAGACACUCCCAAUCCUGCCCCUAAUAUAGACCCCACUCCCACUACCACAUCUGUCCCUAGUGCUCCUACUACUGCCUUCAAUGCUGACAUAACUGCUGCUAUCGUUCACGAGGACACAAUCAAAUGUGCCCCUGUUUUCCCAGACAUUCUCACUAGUAUUCCAGUUCCCACAAGUGCCCCCACCACACCUGCCCCUAAUGCUUCCACUGCCCCUAGCUUUGCCACACCUGCUGCCCCCACGGUCACUAUCACACUGGCUUCUACUAUCUACGACACCUCAACACCCACCCUGACCCCCCACAUGCCCACCACCACAGCACCCCAAGCCCCAGAGAUAGAGUUAGAGUUGACCAAUGGGGUGGAGACUGAGACCCCCUCCAUGCCCCCAGCAGAGCCCACUAGGUUUCAGAGUAGUCCCACUCCCUCCCCUGCCCUUUCCUCAUCCUCCUCCCCCCUGGCUAACGGAAAUGGGUUUGGGGCAGACCUCCAGGCCUCAAGCCCCCCAGCUCUGGAGGAGUUAGACAGUCCGGCCAAGGCUGCUCCACUCAACGACGAGAAGACAUUUGGAGGUGAGAAAAGUAAAGCGGAGGAGGCUGAGGUGAAGACAGCCCUGUCAGAGGGGACCACACAACACAACAAUGUCACACAGAGAAACGCCAGCGACAACAAGGCAUGAUUGGGCAGCCUCAGCCCAUCCAAGAUGGCGGCGGCAGCAACACUCAUUACAGUCUGCAGCAGUUUUUCUUUCCAGUGCCCUUUUACUGCAUUUCCAGAACAACAACAUGUGUCUGUGCAAUAGAGUUCAUUAGAGCACGAUCUGAUUGUGCAAACAUGUUUAUUCUCACGUAUGAUGUGUUUUGCUACACACAUGGAACACUAAAGAAUUCCAUUUGAGUGAUUUCAAGUGGUAUAGGAGACAAAAUUCUAGUUUUUACAACUACUCAGAGUUAUAAUUUUUUUCAGUGAGGAUAAACAAUGGAUUAUUCAGGAACAUAACACUGAGUGUACAAAACAUUAGGAAUAUCUUCCUAAUAUUUAGUUACACCCCCCUUUGCCCUCAGAAUAGCCUCAAUUCAUCGGGGCAUGGACUUUACAAGGUGUCGAAAGCGUUCCAUAGGGAUGCAGACCCAUGUUGACUCUAAUGCUUCCUGCAGUUGUGUCAAGUUGGUUGGAUGUCCUUUGGGUGUUGGACCAUUCUUGAUACACACGGGAAACUGUUGAGUGUGAAAACCCAAUAGCAUUGCGGUUCUUGACACACGGUGCGCCUGGUACCUACUACCAUACUCCAUUCAAAGGCACUUAAAUAUUUUGUCUUGCCUAUUCACCAUCUGAAUGACACACACACAAUCCAUGUCUCAAUUGUCUCAAGGCUUAAAAAUCCUUCUUUAACCUGUCUCCUCCUGUUCAUUUACACUGAUUGAAGUGGAUUUAACAAUUGACAUCAAAAGGGAUCACAGCUUUCACCUGGAUUCACCUGGUCAGUCUGUCAUGGAAAGAGAAUAAUGUUUUGUACACUCAGUCUAUAUAUACUGAAGAGAUUGACCAUGUAGACAUUAUUUUAUUAUUUCCAUGUUACAUUGUUCAAAUGUUUGAUGGCUAGUCUUAUCGAAUAGUCUCAUCGAAUAGUUUGUUUGCAUGUCUGAUUUACAAAUGGUUCUUAAUGUUUUGUUUGAAACAUUUGACUGUUUUAUUCUUUAUGUCUGUAUUAGGGUGGGUUAUCAUACAGAUUGUUUCAAUGUUUCAAAAAGAAGUGAAUUGAUUUGGUUAACACCACUUCCCCAUGCUCCAAGGCAAGCUCUGAGUGACAGAGACAGACAGAAAGGAAGGUAGGGUUAUUUCUAGCUAGCAGCCCACAGUGCUGGGAAUGCUUGGGUUUCAGAGAAAGCCAUAUUAUCAUAGAUAUGUAUCAGGAGUUAUGAGAUGUCUUCAACUCGCCUUACCUGGGGGUUCAGGAAAUGAAUACUGUAUUGUGCUAAAUGCAGAAGUACGUAUUGAGCGAAUAUUGUACCGAUAUUCACAAUGGAACACAAGAUCGAGCCAUGUGUAACCGAUCCAGUGGUUCUCACAGAGAAAGGUUGUAGAGAAUAACGUUUAGUGAUCUAAGUGAAUGUCUCAUCAUGACCCAAGCACCACCACCUCCUUGUUUUAAUAUCAACUAUGAUGAGUAUCUUAUCAUAUUCACAAGAAAACAAAGAAAAUGCCUGACAUUUAUCAUUUAGAAUCGUGUUUUUGAAGCAAAAAUCUUUUAAAGCAGUUUUUGUACUCUAUAUGGAAAGGUGACUUUUCCACCCCUGACUGCGAGCUUGUGCACUGUGACUGUGUCAAUAGAUUGUCUUGUCGUCACUUUCAAUAAUAUCUGCAUUAGCUUUGUCGUGAAAGGUUUACCUGUAUAUUCUUUUUAUAUUGUAUCUAUGAAAACAGUACAGCAAAUGUAUAUACAGUAUAGAGUUGUUGAUAUGUCCCAUCACACAGAGGUCUAGUGCAGUCUGUAACACAGCCUGGGGAGAUAUGUUGAGUUUUGGGCAUGAUGAAUACAAACGGUACUUUAUCAAAUAUGUGUAACAGAAACCCAAACAGACGUACCUAUGUUUGUUUAGGCAAUGCAAGUUUCAUAUUGAGUUAUGUGAGGGAGUUAUCAGAAUGAGGUCUGUUCAGGCCUAUAAAACGCUUUAUUUUAGUCUCCAGUUGUUGUUCAAGUGUUCUGUAAUGUUGUCUUUGAAUUGAUUUUGUUUUUGUACAAUAGCAGGCAUCAUGAGCUUGCUGCCUGUUGAAUUUAUAAUACCAGAGAUGGAGGGCAGGGUGGUAAUUUGACAACAGAAGAAAACAACACUCCAAAAUGUUAAUACUGUAUGUUGUUCUGCCACUUUCAUGUAAACACAUCAUUCCCCUCAGUACAUCAGUGGAAUAGGACAGUCAUGCCAGAACCUGUACAAUACAACCCUCUGCUGUUGUCAUCCUCCCACCCCGUCCCCUAUCUCUGGAGCCUCUUGGUUUUACUGGGUCAAACCCAGUGGAGCGUUCUGCUCUCAGCGGUCUACAGUCAAAGUACUAACCCAUUUACAAAAUAAAACAAGGUUUUGGAACCUCA